ACCAGGCACAUUGGUUCUGAUUGUAGCAAUAUAAUGUCUCCAGAAGAAGACGAAGCAGCUGAGAUAUAGGAACAUAUAUAUUUACACACACACACACACACACAUAUAUAUAUAUAUAUACACAAUAUAUAUAAGAUACACAUCGACAACGGUUUUCUCUGGAACAAUUUACAUUAUCGUUUUUUUUUUUGGCGUGUUCAAUCAUUUGUCAACUUAAAUGUUUUCUAGGUUGACAUGGUUGCUGUAUCUUCUUCCAACGGUCAGCUUAUCGAUUCGGAGAUAACUGACUGCCUCACUUGUUUGUACUGUAAAUAAUUAACAUCGCCUAAGGAGGAGUAUUUUGGAGUUGUCUUAGACCAUUAAAACACUCCAUCAUUACCAACAACACCGAACGACCAACAUGGCGGAAUUUCUAAAAGGAUUGCCUUGUUACAAUGAACACAACUUUACAAGAUUUCAUCCCGAUUCUGGUUGUAAAACUAGUGUACGGCGGCCUGCUGUUUAUAUUUCAACCAAAGACCAUCCAUAUGAACAAGUUAUUACUACUGAAAAGACUAAUAUUCUGCUGAGGUACUUACACCAACAUUGGGACAAAAAGAAUUCUAAUAAAAAACGAGAUUCUUCAAAAGCCAAUUUAGAAUCUCCUGAAAGCAGUACAUCUCAGAAGGUUCCCAGAUUAAACAGUUGUGAAGAAAGUAGCUCUUAGGGUGUGGCUGGCUAUAUAUAUAUAUAUAUGUAUAUAUAUAUAUAUAUAUAUAUGUAUGUAUGUAUGUAUGUAUGUAUGUAUGUAUGUAUAAUGCCUGGUCUGGUCUCAUUGUGAUGGAACAGCUCAGUUUUUCUGUCUCUUCCCCAGCUGGUAGAGGGGGUAGUAAAUGGAAAUGGAGUGCUUAUGUUGUCAGUUCUCAUUCUCCAAACACCACCCAUGUAGGAAGUUUUUGGUGAUACCCUAUUCAAUUUUAUCGCCCCAUUUCUACCCAACUAACAUUAAGGCAAUCUCUGAUCAGAUAGUUUCUUUCUUAACUUUUUCUACUUCUUUUUCUUUGCCAGUUCCUUUCUUUUAUAUCAAAGGAACAUUUUGGGUGAAGACAGAUGGCUAGGUCUAAGUUACUGAGCUGUUCUAAGUGUCACUGUCAUUUUCUUCUUUCUUUCAGUCACACAUUUUCUUGCCCCUUACCGCCGCCUUCUGACACUUAACACACCUAUAUAUAUAUAUAUAUAUAUAUAUAUAUAUAUAUAUAUAUAGUUUGUGUGUGUAUAUAUAUUCCUUGGUAAAUGACAGUGACAUUGAGGUACUCACUUCACAGUACCCAUCCUAAGCUGCUCAGAUAAUCAUGAAAUGUGAGAAGAGAUGAAAUAAAAUUAAUUAAUUAAAAUAAUAAUCUAUAAAUCUGUUUAUUUUUUUACAUUUAUUUUUCUAUGUUUCAUCUUUUGUGUUGGGAACACAUACAUACAUUUACAUACACACAGACAUGCAUUCACAGUUACACACAUGUAUAUAUAAUCUCGUAGGUUACAGGUAUUUACAGAAGCAAAAUCUGUACUCAGAAAUGUAAAAUAUAUGUAAAGAUAGAGUCAGCUAGUGAUAAUACAUCUUGAUUUGAAGCUUCAUUCUCAGUGGGUGUGUGUUUACUGUUUUGAUGUCUUCUAAAAUUACAAUCUGCAAGCAAUCAUUUCUAUCAGCAAAUCCACAGCUUGCUUUGGAAUGUGGAAUUAGAGGUCCCUUAUCAAUUUCAGUUCAGAUUUAGUGACAGGAAGAGACCUACCCAUAAAACAAUACCUGUGUAAUAUUUUGUUUAAUCUAUGCUAGCAUGGAAAAAAAAAACUGUAAAAAUGAAUGAAUGACAAGAAUAGCGGUGUGUGUGUAUGUAUAUAUUUGUAGGUAUAGGCAAUAUUGUGUGGUUAAGAAGCUUAUCUUUGCAACCACCUGGUUCUGGGUUCAGUUCCAGCAUGAGGCACUUUCUAUAGUCCUGGGCCAACCAAUACCUUGUAAGACAAAUCUGGUAGCUGGAAACUAUAGAAGCCCAUUUGUGUGUGUGUGUGUUUGUAUUUGUCUCCCACUUUACAACCAGUUUUAGUUUGUUUACAUCCCCCAUAACUUAAAAAUAAGUAUUGAACUCAAUGACUAAACCCUUCAAGGUGGUGCCCCAGCAUUACUGAAAGUCAAUGACUGAAAUAAGUAAACGAUAGAUGUUACACACAUUAAUGUGUGUAUGUAUUUAUGUUUAUGUAUAUUUAUACUUGCAUAUUUAUGUGGAUGUGUAAUACACAUGUAUACUUAAAUAUGUGUGUGUAAUAUAUAUAUGUACACUCACACACACACACACACAUAUGCAGUUGUAUAUAUCUGCAUAGAAAUUUGGACAUCCUCAGGCUGACCAAAAAUUGCAAGUGGAUUUGGUAGAGAGAAACUAGAAACCUGUAGUUUACACUAACAUUCAUUCACAUCCACAUAUAUGUACACAGACGCAAUGCUCACACAUGCAUAUAAAUAUGCACACACGUACACGCAUAUCUAUACCUACCCAUGUUUUUAAUUUCAUAUUUCCUUUUCAUUUGAAUCUCUUGCAAUUUUUAUUUUGUGACAUAAGUCAACCAUUUUGUCUGUUUGUCAGAUGUGGUUGUCCAUUGGAUACUUUUUCUUCAUUUUUCCACAUCAUUUCUUUGAUUUCUGUCAUUCACAUGAGGACAAACCUGCUCUCCAAUUUCCUAUUAUUUCCUUUAAUAGGUGGCAUACUGGUAGAAUUGUUAGUAUGUUCAACAAAAUGCUCAGCAUUUCUUCCAGUUCUCUAUGUUCUGAGCUCAAAUAUCAUUGAUGACAACUUUGCCUUUCAUCCUUUCGGAGUCAAUUAGAUAAGUACCAGUCAAGUGCUGGGAUUGAUGAUAUCAUGCCCCCGCCUAAAAUUGCCGGCCUUGUGCCAAAAUUUGGAAUCAUUAUUAUUAGGGUGGUGAAUUGGUAGGACUGCUGGAGUGUUGGGACAAUACCUAGUGGUAUUUUUUCUGCCUCUUCGUGUUCUGGUUUCAAAUCCUGCCAAGGUCAGCUUUGCCUUUCAUCCCACCAAGCUUGAUAAGUGCCAGUCAAAUACUGGUAUCAUUGGUAUCAACUCCCAUCCCCUUAAAAUCACUGGCCUUGUGCCAAAAUUUGGACCCAUGAUGAUAUAAUGCUUUGCAGUAUUUUUUCGGGCUCUUACAUUCUGAGUUCAAAUCUCACCAAUAAUUUUGUCUCAUUCCUCUAGGGUCAAUAAAAUUAAUUACCAGUCAAAUACUGGAAUUGAUCCUUAGUAUAUGACUGCUAUUUUAUUUUUGCACUUUCAAGAGAGGAGGGGUGCUAUUGAAUAGCACCCACCAUUCCUCAAAAACUGCUGGCCUUGUGCCUAAAUCUAAAACCAUUAUUAUUCAGACCAUAGUGGGGAACAGUGGUUGAGCAGUGAAGUAAUUUCCGUACAGUAUUUAUAUUUUUCUUUGUACAUUUUUGGAACAAUUGUUAGCAGAGAAGAUCAAUACAAAUUCUAUUUAGAUAUUGUUUACUAAUUCAUCUAAUUGAAAUGGUUAUAUAUGUCUGCCUCUAUGAAUAUUUGCACUGAAUGUACCGAUGAAAGAAAUUAUUAUAAUUAUUAAGGCAGUGGAACUGGCAGAAUUGUUAAAGCAUCAGAAAAAUGCUUUGCAUUACAUCCUAAGUUCAAAUCCUGUCAUGAACAACUAUGUCUUUCAUCCUUUUGGAUAAAAUAUAGUACCACUGUCAACUAAACCACUCACCUCAAAAUUGCUUGCCUUGUGCCAAAAUUUGAAACAACAGACAAUGAGCUGCAGAAUUGUUAGUGCAUCAGACAAAAUUCUUAGUAGCAUUUCUUCUGAUUAUUUACAUUCUGAGCUGCCAUGGUCAAAUUUGCUUUUCAUCUUUUUGAGGUCAAUAAAAUAAGUACCAGCCAAGUACUAUGGUUAAUGUAAUCAACUAUUCCCUUUCCACUGAAACUACUGGCCUUGUACUAAAAUUGGAAACCAUUAUUAUAACUAUUUUGAUUUCUUCUCUAUUAAAACAAAAUGCUAUUAUGUUAGAAAAAACAUUUAGUGAAAAUAAAAAUUGGUAAAUAAUACAUUAAAAAAAUGAUCCAAGAAAUGUAGCUAGAACCCAAAAGAGACCCUGUUUUAAUUUCAUUCCAAAAGUUUAACUGUUCUAACAACAGGAAUUUCAUUCCUAACCACAAUUUUUACUCCCUGACUAUUCCAUUCCAAAUUUUUGGUGUUUUAUGCAAGGGAUACUUAUUGUGUGUGCAUGUUUGAUAGAGUAUUUCCCCACCAUCAUGCAAAAUUAGCAACGUUUGUCUAGACCCUAUUUUCUGUGGUUAUUGGGAUUACAAAACCAAGUGUUUAUGAUCUUACUUACCACACACAUGCACACUAGAUUCAAUGCUUCCACUUUACCUAUAUAUCAAGCUCUUAAAUUUCUGCAAAAUAAAAGAAAAAGCAGUGUGUGUGUGUUUCCUCAACUGUACUAUGCAAUGGAAUCCUCAGCCUUACUUGAAGAUCUGAAUUCCCUAAGAGGUUUUUUUAUUCUAUUUGAAGGCCCUACUGAGAAGAGAUGGUUGUGCAAGGGAGUGUGCCUGUUGAGGUUUUUGGUAGUGUCCUAAGGGAAACAACUCCCAAGUACUAGAUUAUUUUCUGUGUGUGUAUAUAUAUAUAUAUAUAUAUAUAUACACACACACACACACUCAGAAAAUAAUUACACAUCUUGUUUUUAAAUUUCUUUUUUUUUUUUUUUAAACCUUUUGAGACAUUGUUUUAUUAUUCCCGUGUUAAGAUUUGAUAAAUUUGUAUGCAGAAGAGGGAGAAGCUACUGCUGUUGUAUGUGUGCUUGGCUGGUUAAACAUAGAAAAUAGAUUUUUAGCAGACUCUCCAAGUUAGGAUACAAAUAUUUAAUGUAUUUUUAGAGCUAAUUUUUUUUUAAUGCAUCUUGUAAC